UUUACAAUUAUCUCACAUGUUUCUUUUUCUCCUCCUCCUCUGCGCUUCUCGCUCCGGCGAAUCUUUGCCGUCCGGAGACGGCGUACCUAUGGACACAAGCGAUCUUAACAGAGAGAGUUUUCCGGAAGGAUUCUUGUUCGGAACAGCCACGUCAGCUUAUCAGGUGGAAGGAGAGACCCACCAAGACGGUCGUGGGCCAAGCAUUUGGGAUGCCUUCGUCAAGAUUCCUGGUAAGAUAGCUAACAAUGCAACGGCUGAGUUAACAGUGGACCAAUAUCACCGUUACAAGGAAGAUGUAGAUUUGAUGCAGAACCUCAACUUCGAUGCCUACAGAUUUUCCAUUUCAUGGUCCAGAAUUUUCCCUGAAGGAACCGGUAAAAUCAACUGGAAUGGAGUUGCUUAUUACAACAGAUAUUGAUCGAUUACUUGGUCCUAAAAGGUAUAAA